GCAAGCACUUCACCUGCAGAGGAGUCUCCAGAAAGCAGCAUGUUCCCUUUGCUCUUUGGGGCUGGACUGGUGGUUCUGAACCUAGUGACUUCUGCUAGGAGCCAGGAACCCCUUAGUGGCUCUGGGGACCAGCUGCUCUUCCAUGGAGCAGAUCGAUCUGACUUUGCCAUCAUGAUCCCUCCAGCAGGCAUAGAAUGCUUCUGGCAAUUUGCCCGCCAGACUGGAUACUUCUAUUUCAGUUACGAGGUGCAACGGACACUGGGAAUGUCACAUGACCGACAUGUUGCUGCCACUGCACAUACCCCACAGGGUUUCCUCAUAGACUCCUCUCAGAAUGUUCGAGGCCAGAUAAACUUCUCUAUCAAAGAGACAGGUUUUUAUCAGCUUUGUCUAAAAAAUCAGCAAAAUCACUUUGGUUCUGUGCAAGUGUACCUCAAUUUUGGAGUCUUCUAUGAGGGGCCUGAGAUGGACCACAAACAGAAGAAUGAAAGAAAACAACUGAAUGAUACUCUGGAUGCAAUUGAGGAGAGUACACAGAAGGUGCAAAACAAUAUCUUUCACAUGUGGAGAUACUACAACUUUGCCCGCAUGAGGAAAACGGCUGACUUUUUCCUUCUCCAAUCAAAUUAUAACUAUGUGAACUGGUGGUCGACAGCUCAAAGCCUCGUUAUUGUUCUUUCUGGAAUCCUGCAGCUUUAUUUCUUAAAGCGUCUCUUCAAUGUCCCGAAGACUACAGACACAAAAAAGCCAAGAUGCUAAGCCAAAAUGACUACAGCACCUUAACUCUUUUCUUCUGGGGCAGACGCUUUGUCAAAGUUUCAGUCAAAUAAGCUUUGUAAAGUUACUGGAAAAAAUCAAUUUAUCUUGUUAGAACAUCUUAGUCUAUUGCUCUCCUUUCCUCUCCAAUUGCCUCAAAAUGGCAAUAAAAUAAUAAAUGUGCAAGUUUUGAUAUUAA